AUCGGCUCGAGCGAGGGACAAACACCAGCGAAAGCGAGCCGCGAAACGCGCGCACAGAUAGUAGCCCCGCCGUGCUGCCGCGUCACGGUGACCCGUCGCCGACAGUGGACUCGCGGACACCGCCGGAGACACACACUCGCCGAGAAGGACCACCAUGAGAGCACCAUUGCUGACUUGCGCGGCCAUCAUAGCCUGCUGCUGCUGGCCGGCCGGUGCCCAGGACGACACAACGGACGCGCCGGAAGUUGCCACUGACCAGCCACCCCCUGUCACGACUCCACCUCCACCGCCGCCGCCACCAGGCAUCAAUCCGAACCACUCUUAUUACCCGCCCAGUUAUAAACCUCACUUUGGUGGCUAUAACCCCAACGGAUACUGGAACAGCUACCCCAGCCAGGGCUACUAUCCUCACUCCUGGUCGUAUCGUCCUCCCGCCUAUCACCCGCCCCCUACCACGUAUGAGUGGUGGAGACAGUUCAACAGGAGGCCUUCGUUCGAGCACGGUGGCUUGAACGGUGGUGGGGGAGGCUAUGGCUACUGGCCCUCAGCUGGUUCCGGCUACAUGCAACCGUACUACGGCAGCAGUUGGUGGCAGCCGUACUACGUGGCCGUAGGCUACUAUAGGCGAAGUAGCUCCCCGCCUCAAACGGGUACUAGCUACCCCAGCUAUGGCGGACACUACGGCGGUUACGGCUACGGCGCUGGUUACCCUUACGUUAGCGGCUAUGACAAGUUUGGCUACCCAUACUACAGGAGUGGCUAUUACGGAGGGGGACUAUACGGCGGGCACAACGGUUACGGUGGAGGCAACACUCGCUCUUAUGGCUGUUAUACAAGCGGCUGCGGAAGUUACGCACCCUCUUAUCCGUACCAAGGGGGUUAUCCGUAUAAUGGCGGUUACCCGUACACAGGGGGUAGCUACGGCAGUUACCCGUACAAAGGGGGCAGCUAUGGCAGUUAUCCGUACUACAACAGUUAUGCAACCUACCCUUACCACAGUAGUGGUUAUGGAGGGCAACCGUACUACGGAGGUGGACAUUAUAAUUACGGCUAUGGCCAUGGCACGUACUACCCAAGUGGUGGUGGCCAAACAGGUUACCCCUCUUACCCUACCGGCUACUACAGCCCUCACAGCUAUGGAUACGGCUAUGGGUAUGGAUAUCCACACUAUAAUCAAGGUAGCAGUUACAGUAAUGGUUACGGAGGCUAUUCUACUGGAAAGUACUCUGGCGGUGGCUCGUACCCGUAUGAUUAUUACGGGGCUUAUUAUAACCGGUACUACCCAGACUAUCAUCGUCAUUAUUACUAUCCAGGAAUGACUCGGGGUUGGUAUGAUUGUACUUACUAUCCAACAGCGGUCAAUAAGGGCUACGCUGUCUCAGGAUCCGAAGGCGUAAAACAAAAGGUUGACCGUACGAAGCAGAACACAGAAAAAAUAAAGAGGACAUUUACGCGACGAUCUAUCCGUGAGUUGCUGAAAAGCGCCGAAUACACAGGCUCAGAGACCAGGAGGGCCAACGAUCGUGGCCCUAUGCUAGACCUUUCAAACGACGGUCUUGUCGGUGGUAUCGCACUUCUAUCUCAAGACGCCGCAACGAAAAAGGACACUACCACCAGCAUGUUUAAGGCUACAGACAAUGCGAGGUCAUUUGCCAAGGCAGGAGAACCCAACGAGGGUGACCAGCGGAUCACGCCGGAAAUGGUAGAAAGCUUUGAGAGGAGGCUGACGGCCAUGAACCGCAUGUUCGAGGAGUUGUUGACGCCUAAGGACAUGCAGGACGACGGUGAUUACUUCAUGAGACGUGUGCGGGCGUACCGCAGACUGCUGGGCCAGGUGCAGCAGCGUGGCAUGGGAAUCGGUACGUCGCCAAACGACCUCGAUUCGCAAGGCAUGUUGCGACGGUUAAGAAUGCUCGAGAACGAACUGGACGAUCGCCGGAGGAGAGCUCUGCGAACUCUUUACCACGCCUUGAUUGAUGCGGACCUGACGGUGUCAGACAAGCUCAAAGUACUCGCAACUGUGUAUAACUUCGCCAAAGGAGACAUGAGCGACGAAAGCGACGAGGGCGCCGAAUCUAUGGACAGAAGCGUGAUCUCGUCAGAGGCUGAAGCUGUUAAGACCCCUGAGAACGGCAACUCGAUGACAGAUGCAGAUGCGAAGAAGUUUUAUGACAAACUCGAGAAAUUCUUGGAACUUACACGGACGGCGGAACCGUCAACGUCUGACGAAGGAGGCGAAAGAAAGUUCGAAACUACGUCUGGGGCUUCGAAGUCCUUGUCCAACAGCCUGGAAUCUUCAAGUUCGGAGUCGUCGAGUUCAGAGUCUGACAGCUCUGGUGACCGGACAAAGUUUGAAAUCAAAGGGUCGGUCAGCUUGGCGCUUGAUGUAGAAGGAAAGACCGACUUUGGCACAGACACCAUUGGUAACCUGAUGAAGACAAUGCUGUCAUAAAAGCUGAUUUCCCGUGAAUACACAAUACCGUAUUC